AUGAAAAAUAGGCAAGCUACCUCUGAAUGGAUAGCUAAGGAAUAUAUACAUAGAUUCAGAAGAAAUGCCAAUUGCAGUGUGAAGGACUUGGAGGAUGACUUACUUGAUAAGUUCUGUGUUCAAGUGUCAAGAACAAAGUGCUAUAGGGCAAAAUGGAAAGCACUUAAUAUGCUAAGAGGGUCUGCACAGGAACAUUAUGCUAAGUUAAGAGGCUAUAAAGCUGAAUUGCUAAGGGUGGAUAAGGAAGGCAGAUUUGAUUUCCUCCUUGAUGAAGACUAUACUUUUAAAGGAUUCUUUAUAGGGUUUAGUUCCUUGAGGAAAGGGUUUUUGAAGUGUUGUAGGCCCAUUAUUGGAUUUGAUAGGUGUUUUUUGAAACCUUUUUUAGGUGGGGCAUUAUUAUGUGCAGUUGCUAAAGAUGGGAACAAUCAAAUGUUUCCCAUCUUUUGGGCUGUAGUUGAAUGCGAAAAUGAGUACUUUUGGACUUGGUUUUUAACUAUUAUUUUAGAGGAGCUGCAAAUUAUAGAUAGUUUAGGCAGGACCUUUAUAUCAAACCAACAAAAGGGUCUUAUUAAUGCUAUAAAGAACCUAGCACAUCUUACUGAACAUAGAAAUUGUGCUAGACAUGUUUAUUAUAAUUGGAAGAAGGAGUUUAAGGGGCAAGUAUUAAAAAACAUGUUUUGGAGUGCAGCUAGAAGUACUUAUGAAGCUGCUUAUAAGGAAGCCAUUGAUCAUAUUAAAGCAGAGAAUGAAGCUGCUUAUAACAAUUUUUUACAGAGGGAUCCAUCCAAAUUCUGUAAGUCAUUUAUCUGUGAGCUUCCUAAGUGUGAUGCGAUUGAUAAUAAUAUCAGUGAAACCUUCAAUGAUUACAUUGUGAAAUUUAGGAGUAUGACCAUUAUAGACAUGCUAGAAGAGAUUAGAUGUGCAUUAAUAUUGAGAAUGCACAGUAAGUUGAUGCAUGCUAGUGGUUUAACUAACUCCAUCACACCUAGAAUUAGAACUAAGCUUGAAGAAAUCAAGUACAGUAGCAGAUUAUAUACUUGCAAACCUGCUGUUGGUGGCAAGUUCCAAGUGAAUAUAGGAGAGGAUCAGUUUGUGGUUGAUAUAAAUAUGCACACUUGUACUUGUAGAGCAUGGCAGAUAACAGGUAUUCCUUGUAUCCAUGCCUAUUUUAGCAUUCAUUGGAUGAACCAAGAUAGUGCAACCUUUAUGGACAAGUACUAUAUUGUAGAAACUUAUAUUGAAACCUACAAAAAUGCUCUUGAGCCACUGAAUGGCAGAAAAAUAUGGCCACAAGUUGAUAGGCUUCCAAUCAAGGCACCUAAAUUUAAGAAAAUACCUGGCAGACCUAAGAAGAAUAGGAAGAGAGAUAUCACUGAAGAUCUAAAGAAUCCUAAUAAGCUGUUCAGACAAGGAAUUCAAAUGACUUGUGCAGUUUGUGAAGGAGUUGUUAACCAAGGUUAUGGAGUAAGAAUCUUUAAAGAUUCCGACAUGUAUUUGAGGGAGAGUGAAAUUCCAAAGGCAAAGCAGCUAGCGGGAAACAGUAAGGGUAAAUUAGUUCCCUCUUAUGCCAGACCAACAAUUGCAAGUUCAGCAAACAAUAGAGAUGGAAGAGGAGAGGGUGGAGGUCGUGGCAUAGGAGCUAAAAAUGGUGGGAGAGGUGCUGCACCUGUUGGAACUCAAGAGAGUCGAGCAAUUUGA